ACCCUUCUUUCUCAUUUGCUCCGACGGCUUCUCUCCGGUAUGCCAUCAAAUCCUCCGACAUCAAUCAUGAACGGGUGAGUCUACUUCUGAUGAAUCCUGUUGCUGCUCCUGCAGACUAUGACGAGAAUGGUCGGACAUAUCAUGGCUAUCGCAGAGGUAUCUAUAUGUAUCCAUGCGACGAGAUCGAGAAAGAACGCAUGGACAUGAUGCACCAAUUGUUCGACACUGCCUUUAAUCAAGUACUCCAGAGCACGCCUGCACUGAAAGGCAGAGGUCAAAAUCAGCGAAUUCUGGAUCUCGGGUGCGGAACUGGCAUUUGGGCUUUGGAUAUUGCUGAUGCAUACCCUGAAGCUGAGGUCAUUGGAGUAGACUUAUCAAACAUUCAGCCAGCACAGAUCGCGCCUAAUCUGCAAUUUCGAGUUCCGUUUGAUUACGAAGGUGCGCUUUGGACUUUGGGGGAAAACUCUUUUGAUUUAAUACACCUGCAAAUGGCAUGCGGAAGCGUCUCGAACUGGAACGAGUUGUACAACAAAAUAUACAGACAUCUCACCCCAGGCAGUGGAUGGAUCGAACACAUCGAGAUGGACCUGACGCCACGCUGUGACGACGGCUCGUUGCCUGCGUCAAGCCAUAUACGGAGUUGGUACAAUUAUCUAGUGGAUGCAACAUCGCGUGCGAGUAAGCCUAUCGCGUACAAUCAAUAUACGCGGCAGUCUCUCGCGGCUGCUGGAUUUAUUGACAUCAGCGAAAGAGUAAUCCGAGUCCCGUACAACCGAUGGCCCACGGAUCCUCGAGAGAGGAAAAUCGCAGACUGGCACACCUGGACUCUCGCUGAUGAGACUUGUCAAGGCCUAGAGGCCUUGAGUAUGGCGCCUUUCACUAGAUGUCUCAAUUGGCGACGUGAGGAAUUUGAGCCUUUCCUGGCACUAGUGAGGACCGAGAUGAAGACUAGAAGAAUACACGCGUACAACAACAUACAUGUUUGGACUGCUCGUAAACCACAGUCAUGAGAAAGAUCGAUCGCUAAUUCUGUAACAACACAAUUUUGCACACUUGAGAUACUAGCCAGCGCUUGCUGUGCACGAAGUGGUACUCACUGUGGUCAAACGCUGUUCUGGCCUUCAUGUUGGUCCUAGGAGUCAGUAGCAGCGCGAAGACUCAGAUUACUGUCACAUCUCAAGUGGAUCGAUUGGAGACGAGGUGGAGCAUCCCCCCGCAGCUCGGCCGGAUUGUGACCACACGGCGCCUGACGGUGUUCGUUCGAUACAGCUGCUUUAUUUGCUGCGCAUCAACGCUGUGUCGUUACAGCGCACGCUUCACCGCCUGUAUUGGGCGUUUUGGCGCACAUACGGAUUAGUGAAGGUCUAUGGCAUCGCGUCAGGCUCGUUAGGAAAG